AUACAUUUAAGUGGUAUCAGUAUGUUGUAACUAAUUCCCAAUAAAAAUUGUUUAAAUUGGUAGGUCCUGUGAACACAAGCUGCCACAACAUUGUAGAAGAAAAUUACUGCCUCUAAGUGCAUAUUUUUCCAACCUUAAUUCUGCACCGGAUUGUUUUCUUGUUAGGAUAUGGUUAAAAUUUUAGCAUAUAUCUGCUUAGUGACCAUCAUUUCUGAAGCAGGAAUGAGAUAUGAUUAAACUGUUGGCUUCUAGUGGGGUGGAGGUUCUUUCUUGACUAUCAUGCAGUGUUCAAGUGCACUAAUUCCUCUUGAUUUGAUGUUUUUUUCCCCAGUGCUGAGUGAUGGCAAAAGGUCGAAUAUGGGCAACAGCAGAAGAUUUAGCAAGGAAUAGGGGUCGAGUCCUCUCUCUUUACCGACAACUAUUGCGAAGCCUCAACUCUCCUAAGUUGCCACUCAAUUUAGCAGCAAGACUGGCUAAGAAGGCUGAAGUCCGCACUAUUUUCAUGGUGGCUUCUGAAGAAAGAUCCCUGCACAAUAUUGAGGACCUCAUUGACACUGCUGAAUACUCUCUUUCCCUUUUGAAAGAAGGCAAGAUCCCCAAACAUAUCCAAUAAUUGUUUGGUAACUCUUCACUGGCUCUGUUCACUGGCUCUGUUCAAUAUAUUUUUAUGCUCAACCAGUCUUCUGUAUGGAUUGGAGAUGGAGAUUGGCCUUCUGCAUUUUGCCCUAAUGGUGGAUGACUUUAGUGAAAGAAAAACUCUUCUUUUGUAAAAAUAUUUUUGUAGCCUCAAACCUUCAAUUUGUUACUUUUAUAGUCCCUCAAUUUAACAGGGGCGUAAACUGUAGGUCUAGAUGUUUCCGCCACAAUUUUAAGGGUGCUGCUAUAUUAAGUAACGAAAAACUUAGUUGAGUUGGUAUUUGCUAACGGUAAAAUUUUGAUUUGGUAUAAAUGUUACAUUUGCAU